AUGUUAAAACGAUCUGAUACCACAAAUAACUUGGAGCCAUUGAUUCGAGAAGGGGUUUCCCGAAUAGAAAGAAAAUCUGAACAUGAUGAAAUCCAUGAAAUCUCAGGGCCUGUAAUUGAUGAUGACUGUAAAUAUAUAUGCAAUACUUGCAAUAAAAGUCUAGACACACUUCAGUCACCCAGUGCCAACUGA